AAAAAAAAAACGAAACCAAACUCACUUCUUUUGAUGCAAAAGAAUAUAUACGACCGACACGAAGAAAAUUGAAUUCCAUGAAAACUGGAUAUGUAUAUAUCUUCACUAUGAAGCAUUCAAAAAUUCUAUACCGUUAUUGUUUGUCCAUUGAUUUAACCGAAUACAAAAAAAACUUGGUUAGUUUCCUUCUUCUUUUUCCCAAUUCUUGUAAGCUGUCCACUUCUGGCUAAUACACUAUAACCAAGAAUCCAACAAGAAAAUGAAAAGAAAGUUGCUAGCUGGUUGAUGCCGCUGGUUGACUAGAAGCACUCUUGCACCACAACCACCACCACUCUGUUCUUUGGAAGAGCCUAUAACCAAAAGUAUCUUACAGAUGGAAGCUAAACGAAAUUCACUUGGUCAUCAGUUUAAUCCGAACAGUCGUCGAAGAAGAUUCACUCUUUGCCAUCGAGGCAACAGAAGAAGAUAUACAAAAAUAAAAACAAAAAAACGAUCCUUAACAAGUUUAAGAGUUCGUUUAAGAAAGUGCAAUUAAUUUGUUCAUUUAAAAUAAUUUGACGUUGAAUUUAACUAAACUUUUAAGCUUUAAUAAUGUCAAGAACUUAUUUUGUUCUACUUAUCGUUACACUCACGGUUUACUCCUGUGUCGCUGAAAACGAACAAAAUUUAAACUCCUCUCGUUCAGCCCGUCAAUGGGACAUUCCGCGAGACUUACGUUUAAUGGGUAGAUUGUUUUUUGAUCAACCACAACAACAACAACAACACACUCGUAGACCAGCACCGCCACAGAUUUUACCGCGAAGUGAUCAUUUCCCUCAGAAAACUGAUACUGGUUCAGUUCCGGCUUCAUAUGGAAGGCCACCUUUUGCUAGGCCACCACCUCCUCAUAUGAGGCGUAGGGUUUACUCAGGACCUCCAGGUCCACCACCUCCAGGAUUAUUCCUUCGUCCAAACGGUGUUCCACCAUAUCCACCAUCUUUCAAAAACACCCGAUUUUCUCUUGCCAAAGACCCCUACGCUCACAAGGGUGCUCCAUUAAAUUAUCGUCCAGGACCGGGACACAAUCCAAAUGCGAUCCCGGAAACACACAAUUUCAAGCCAUCUCCAAAUUAUAACGGUGAAGUGAUUGUUCGUCGUCCAUCAGUAAUGUUACCAGUUCAGAAAUCCGAUGAUAGAGUUGAAGCCCUUAGGCGUUUCAAACAACAUCCGAUUCCACAAGAUCCUGAUCAUGCUAUGUAUUCUGUACACGAGGACACCGAUAGUGAAGGUGAUAGCUCAUUUGGCUAUCAAAAUAUUGGUGAAAACGCUAUGAAGCAGGCUAAACAGUAUUUGAACUUUAUGAGCUCAAAUGAAUAUUUUCUACCGAAAGUCGAACCGGAUUACCGGAAAUUGGAUCAAUCUAAACAGCAGCAGCAACAGAAGAAGAAAUCUUCAGAUAAUGCAGCUCUAAGCAGUUCUCCUUUGCAACAUUAUCAACAACAACAACAACAACAUCAUCCACAACAGCAACAACAACAACAAAAACAACAACGGAAUGUAGAAUCAAGUAGUAGCCUCAAUACAGCGUUCACUGUCAAUGCGCCACUUCGUGUGUCUUCUUCUUAUUCUCAAGCUCAAGCACAUCAGGCUCAGGCCAAUUCGGCCAACAGCUUUAGCAAUUCAUAUCCAGCGCAAGCUAUUGUAGGCAGCUUCCAAGGUGGCAAUAAAGAUUUUGUAGUGAGUUCAGAUGGAAAGAAAAACGUACAAAGUAUUGCAUCGACCUCGUUUAGUUCGGCAGAUGCUUCAAACCAUCAUCAACAACGUCAAAACAGCCCAAUAUUCUCAAGUGUUCUGCGACCAAAGUUGACAGAUCGUGCAUCGGAUCCAGAGAGGGUGGAAUUUACCGAACAAGAUGCCAUCCAUGUUUCAUACACAUCAAAUCCAAUGGAUUCAUUAUCACGAAAUGGUGAGAAACAAAACCAACAAACGGAUCGUCGAUAUGUUAAACCAGCUUCUGCCCCGACAUCGCAGCAGCAGCAGCAGCAGGAUGAUGACAUUGAUGACGAAGAGGAUGAGGAAUUGAUGCAAGCGUCAUCGGAUGUUUACGGUCGUGUCAAGGCCAAUCCCAAUGAGACUCCCACCAAUCCAACCACGGAACAAAAAGACACCGAAGAAUACUGCGAACGAAUAUGCUCCAAUGUGCAAGAUGAAGAUGAAGAAGUUGUUUGUGGUUCGGAUGGAUUUAUGUACACCAGUGAGGCUCAGAUGGAAUGUUACGCAUCUUGUUUACAUAUCGAUGUGACCAUUCAAAGUAAGGGCACCUGUAAUCAACCGCUUUAGAAACUGAUGCAUUUUAUUAUCUGUGUAAAGGAAAUAAAGUUUAAAGCAAAUCUAAUUCUAAGAUAUUAGAUAGCAGUUAAAUUGUGUGAAAGAAAAAAAAAAGUAAAAAUGAAUUUGAAAUACAGAUGGUUAAAUUAUUUUAAAACAAUAUUUUU